AUGGACAAGGAUAAAUCUCCUAGCCACCAUAAUAGUGGUUUACCACCACCUUCGGGGAGGUACUCAAGUUUUUCACCCACUGGGAGCUCUUAUAAUGUGAAACCCGAGCAAUCACCUUCUACAUUUCCUCCAAAGGCUCCUGUUAGUAGUUCAGACCCAAGUCAUUUCGGCCAUGGAUCGGAUUCUAAUCGAUUUAGUCAUGAUAUAAGCCGAAUGUCUGACAACCCACCUAAGAAUCUGGGCCACCGUCGUGCCCAUUCGGAGAUUCUCACUCUCCCUGAUGAUAUUAGCUUUGACAGUGAUCUCGGUGUUGUGGGUGGUGGUACGGAUGGGCCAACUUACUCUGAUGAAACUGAGGAAGAUUUGUUUUCAAUGUACCUUGAUAUGGAUAAGUUCAAUACGUCCUCGGCCACAUCUGCUUUUCAAGUUGGGGAGUCAUCGGCUCCAGGAAUGCCAGGACAAGCACUGGCACCACUGCCUGCAACAGUGGAUUUGGGUACCGGUCCUAGCGAAAGGCCUAGAGUUAGGCAUCAACAUAGCCUCUCAAUGGAUGGCUCGUCAACUAUCAAGCCGGAGAUGCUCAUGUCAGGUUCUGAGGAUGGCUCUCAUGGAGAUUCUAAGAAAGCCAUAUCUGCUGCGAAGCUCGCUGAACUUGCACUUAUAGAUCCCAAGCGUGCAAAAAGGAUUUGGGCCAAUAGGCAAUCUGCUGCAAGGUCCAAGGAAAGGAAGAUGCGAUACAUAGCUGAACUUGAAAGGAAAGUGCAGACACUGCAAACAGAAGCGACGUCGUUGUCUGCUCAAUUGACUCUUCUUCAGAGGGAUACGAAUGGCCUGACUGCUGAAAAUAGUGAACUGAAGCUGCGCUUGCAGACGAUGGAGCAACAAGUCCACUUGCAAGAUGCCUUGAAUGAUGCUCUGAAAGAAGAAAUUCAGCAUCUGAAGGUAUUGACUGGUCAAGUGCCAAAUGGUGGACCCAUGAUGAACUUUGCAUCUUUUGGAGGAAGCCAGCAAUUAUAUCCCAAUAAUCAAUCAAUGCAUACUUUCUUAGCUGCACAACAGCUUCAACAGCUCCAAAUCCAUUCUCAGAAGCAGCAGCAGCAGCAGUUCCAGCUGCAUCAGCUUCAGCAGCAGCAACUUCAACAGCAGCAGGAGCAACAACAUCAGCAGCAGCAGCAGCAAGGUGGGGAAUUGAAAAUGAGAGGAUCGAUGGCUUCUUCAAGCCAGAAAGAUAAUUCAUCUGAGGCUAAUUCCUCUUCUUCGAAGGAUUGA